AUGACGACCCAGAUCCCCACGACGACCAAGCAAUGGACACUGGCGAACAAGCCCACCGGCGCGCCUGUCCUCCAAGGUGAGGAUGCGACAUUCAAGCUGCACACGGCCGUCAAUCUGCCUGAACUGCAGGAUGGACAGAUGCUCGGCCAGGUGCAAUAUUUCUCCAACGACACGGGCCUCCGCAACUUCAUCCAGAGCACCGUCGCCCCGGAGCGCUUCUACGUACCCACUGUCCCCAUCGGAUCGCCCAUGCGCUCCGGCGUGAUCGUCAAGGUCAUCCAGUCCAAGUCGGAGAAAUUCAAGCCGGGCGAUCUGGCGCUCGACUUCCAUCUCGGCACCUGGAGCGAGUAUAUCGUCCUCGAGGCGGAGCAGAGCCAGCCCCUCGGCGCGCUGCCCCCUGGCGUGCAACCGACUCACUUCCUCGGUGCCCUAGGUGCCUCUGGCCUCGCCGCCUACUCGGGUCUCCACUACGCCGCGCAGACCAAGCCCGAGCACACCGUGGUCAUCUCCGUCGCGGCCGGCGCGACGGGGAGCGUGGCCGUCCAGAUCGCCGCCAAGUUGAUUGGCGCAAAGAAGGUCAUUGGCAUCGCUGGGACCGACGCGAAAUGCGCCUGGGUCAAGGACACGCUGGGCGCACACGAGUGUCUCAACUACAAGAGCCCUACCUUUGCCGAGGAUCUGAAAAAGGCCACGCCCGAGGAAGUGGAUGUGUACUUUGACAAUGCGGGCGGCGACAUUCUCGACCUCAUGCUGACGCGCAUGAAGAAGGCGGGCCAGAUUGCCGUGUGCGGCGCCGUCAGCCAGUACAACAACGACCAGCCCAUGGCGCUGCGCAACUGGUUCGAGGUGGUGUCCAUGCGCAUCCAGAUUCGCGGCUUCAUCAUGCUCGACUACAUGGACAAGGUGCCCGCGAUUUUGGGCGAGUUGAUGGGCGCUAUCGGAGAAGGGAAGCUGGUUCUCGACGGCGGGGAAACCAUCGUCGAGGCGCGGAUCGAAGAGCAGCCAGAGAUUUGGUCGCGGCUCUUUAGUGGCGGAAACCAAGGAAAGUCGAUUACAAAGCUCUUGGUGUAG